UCAAAAAAGUAAAUAUCCAUACGAUCCAAGUGUUUGCGAGUUGUGUUCUGUGAUUAUUCUAGAAAAAUACUUCUAUUAAAAUAAAGAAGUGAUUAUUUCUUAAUUCUAAGAAUAUAAUUAAAUAAAGCACCAUGGCCCACUACAAGGGUGCAGCGUCUGAAGCUGGGAGAGCUAUGCAUCUAAUGAAGAAAAGGGAAAAAGCCCAACAAGAGAUUGAGCUUCGAAAGAAGAAAAUUGAGGAGGAUUUAAAAAUUGAUAAUAUUGAAAAUAAGUUUGCAACGCAUUAUGAUGCUGUGGAACAACAAUUGAAAAGUUCCACAAUUGGAUUGGUAACACUUGAUGAAAUGAAAGCGAAACAGGAACAUAUUGUCCGCGAAAGAGAGAAAAAAUUGGCUCAAAAGAAAGCAGAAAAAGAGAAAGAAAGACAAAAAGAAAUAGAAGCUAAACAAGCCCAAAAAAAUAAACAAAAGAGACAGAUACAAGCUCUAUCGUUUGAUCUCAAUGAAGAUGAAGAAAAUGAUGAUGAUGAUGAGGAAGAAGAGGAAAAACCUGAUUUAAAUUGGAAAGAGAGGGAUGAAGUGCCUGUCAAAAAGAUAAAGAAGAAUCCAGAUGUGGAUACAUCAUUCUUACCAGAUAGAGAGAGGGAUAUCUCAUUAUUUGAAAGCACCAUGGCCCACUACAAGGGUGCAGCGUCUGAAGCUGGGAGAGCUAUGCAUCUAAUGAAGAAAAGGGAAAAAGCCCAACAAGAGAUUGAGCUUCGAAAGAAGAAAAUUGAGGAGGAUUUAAAAAUUGAUAAUAUUGAAAAUAAGUUUGCAACGCAUUAUGAUGCUGUGGAACAACAAUUGAAAAGUUCCACAAUUGGAUUGGUAACACUUGAUGAAAUGAAAGCGAAACAGGAACAUAUUGUCCGCGAAAGAGAGAAAAAAUUGGCUCAAAAGAAAGCAGAAAAAGAGAAAGAAAGACAAAAAGAAAUAGAAGCUAAACAAGCCCAAAAAAAUAAACAAAAGAGACAGAUACAAGCUCUAUCGUUUGAUCUCAAUGAAGAUGAAGAAAAUGAUGAUGAUGAUGAGGAAGAAGAGGAAAAACCUGAUUUAAAUUGGAAAGAGAGGGAUGAAGUGCCUGUCAAAAAGAUAAAGAAGAAUCCAGAUGUGGAUACAUCAUUCUUACCAGAUAGAGAGAGGGAAGAAGCAGAUCUUAAGUUGAGGGAGGAACUCAGAUUAGAAUGGGUAAUGACUCAAGCAAGUCUGAAAGAUGAGCCCAUUACAGUCACUUUUAGUUAUUGGGAUGGUUCUGGCCAUAGAAAGAAUGUUACUUUGAAAAAAGGAAAUUCAAUUUACCAGUUUCUACAAAGAUGCUUAGACACACUACGACCAGAGUUCAGUGAACUGAAAACAGUUUCUGCCGAUCAGCUGAUGUAUGUAAAGGAGGAUUUAAUAUUACCACACCAUUAUACUUUCUACGAUUUUAUUGUCACAAAGGCUAGAGGUAAGAGUGGGCCCUUGUUCCAGUUCGAUGCUUCUGAUGAUAUAAGAUUAUUGAAUGACGCUACUCAAGAGAAACAAGACUCACACGCAGGGAAAGUCUUAUUAAGGUCCUGGUAUGAAAGAAACAAACAUAUAUUUCCUGCAUCCAGAUGGGAGCCAUAUGACCCCACAAAAACAUAUUCCAAAUACACAAUUAAAGGAAAAUAAAUUUACUUGUUGUAGCAAUGAUUACUUUUAUAAAGCAAUCUUGAAUUUGUAUAUUCUAAUGUGUUAUACCUAAGUUAUUUAGUUAAGGAAAUAAAAUGUGUUGCCAAAAA